CAGGUUACAAGGAGAAGUUUCAACGAAACUUAGCACAAAAGUACAUUAUACUCUGAUUUUUGUGCAAUAGAACAAUUUCUGUAACAUCUCUGGUGCAUCUCUGCCUCCUUGGUUCUUUCCAUUAUGGAUUUAUUGUGUCUGGGUUUUUUUACACUGGUUUUGCUGGCACAGACUCCAAGAAUCACUACUGUUGAUCUAGGCAAUACAACUGAGACUGCCACCCUGGACAACACAACUACAGCUGCCACCCUGGACAACAUAACUAAAGCUGCUACCCUGGACAACACAACUACAGCUGCCACCCUGGACAACAUAACUACAGCUGCUACCCUGGACAACAUAACUACAGCUGCCACCCUGGACAACAUAACUACAGCUGCUACCCUGGACAACAUAAUUACAGCUGCCACCCUGGACAACACAACUACAGCUGCCACCCUGGACAACAUAACUAAAGCUGCUACCCUGGACAACACAACUACAGCUGUCACCCUGGACAACAUAAUUACAGCUGCCACCCUGGACAACACAACUACAGCUGCCACCCUGGACAACAUAACUACAGCUGCUACCCUGGACAACAUAACUACAGCUGCCACCCUGGACAAUACAACUACAGCUGCCACCCUGGACAACAUAACUACAGCUGCCACCCUGGACAACACAACUACAGCUACCACACAGGCUGCCACCGCCACCACUACAGCUACCACGCAGGCUGCCACCACCACUACUGCUACAACUACCAAACAGGCUGCCACCACCACCACUACAGCUACCACACAGGCUGCCACCACCACUACUUCUACAACUACCAAACAGGCUGCCACCACCACCACUACAGCUACCACACUUCCUAUACAGGCUGCCACUGCCAAUACCACUGGCACUCCAAACACCAACAGUACAGCUACUAUCCCAGCCAACGCCACUACAGCUGCCACACAGGACAACAUUACAACUCUAACCCAAAGCAUCACAACAACAGUGACUACCACCACUGCAAAUGGAGGAUCGGAGGUGAAAGCUUCUGUGCUUUGUCUUGUUUUUCCACUCUUGCUCUACAUGCCUUGUGUUUAAUUGUCUGUGAAGCUUGCAUACAUUAAUUGUAGAUGCACUCUAAUCACGGAAACAAAGGACAACAUCUAAGGUAAAUCCUGACCCCUUUUUGUUUUGUACACAAAAUAUAUGUAGACUUAUCCUAAUCUUAUGUGCUCUGCAUUGUAUUUCUUAAAUAUACAGGGGAACAGAACCAUGCAGUAGAAUAGAG